AAAUCUUAUAAGAUUCUUAUAAGACACUUACGACUGUCGAUGGGAAAUCUUAAACAAUCUUAUAUAAGAAACUGAUAAGAUUCUUAUAAGAAUCCUAUCAGUUUUAGCAAAAAAUUCUUGUCUAGGGAUGUUAAGUUAUAAUUAUGACAGUUCACAGUUUGUUCGUAAGUAAUAGUUCAACGAGACGGUAUCAAGUCCAUAAAAAAUAUUUAUUCACUAAAAAUUUCCGAAGUCAUUCUCAUCAAGGACAUUUAUCCGAAUUCCCACGUAAUUUUAAAUAUUUUUUAAGGCAGAAUUUGCAUAUUUCUAAAGUAGAAUAGUGUAUUUUUGUUCUGUAUUCUGAUAGAAUGUGGUAAAUCCAGCAGAAUCUUUAUUGCAUUCGACAAUCGAAUUAAUCAAUCACUUUUCGUCAUGUUAUGAAUCAUUGAAACAUCAACUACAACAUGAAGCUAGAGCUAAAGGAGGAAACAACAAUGGAAGACCAAGACAAGGACGAUUAAGACCGCUGAUGAUUAAUCAUUCGACAGGUGGUCCUCAAAUAAAUGCGUGUGUGGGCAUUGCUCCAGUGCCAGCAGCGAAAGCGAAUGAUUUGACUAUAGUAUAUGAAGAAAAACUUCGUCGAUUGAAGAAAAUGAGACCAGAACUUUUUGAUAAAAAUGGAAGUUUAAUAUCAACUAAUACAACUUCACACCGAACCUCAGUUCUUUCAUCGAAAAAGUCAGAAUCGUCAUUUCGAACACCUUAUAAUACAAUCCGUACAGAAAACAAUGGUGCAUUUGAUGAUCGUCGAACAUUUUUAACGGAGUUUUCCGCUGAAGACGACAUUGAAGAAGAGCAAAAUGGUGGUGGUGAUCAUCAAGAAAGAGUGGAAGAUGGAAAAGCUGAGAAGCCUCCUCUUCAACAAAGUGAAACGGAAAAAGUAAACAAUUAUUUGAAUUCAAACGAAACAAUGAGAAAUUAUGUUAUCAAACUCGUUGAAAUAAAAAAACGGCCCACAUCAGCUGCAACAACAACAGUCACAAGUAACACCAACAAAUUCAAUACCAAAUUUCAUAGGGGAACCACAGCGAAAUCAAGUUAA